GUUUGUCGUGGUGUGAAAGUUGAAAUGGCUGAGCCAUAUAGAGUUGCUACGCGCCCUAACCCACAACAACAACAACAACUGAGCCAUAUAGCUGGAUGCCAUGACACAUAUAGAAAUGGCAAAUGUUGUAGAUAUUGUCAGAAAGCCAUGCAACAUAUGCAUCUGCUUCAGCAAGUGGAUUCCUGUCAUUUUCAUUCUUGGUGUUGUGGGAUGGUCAUAUUAUGCCUAUGUCAUUGAGCUCAACAUAUUCACAGUGGAGAGUUAUGCAGAGAAGACUGUCUACCUGAUCCUGUACCACAUAGUGCUGGUACUGUUUCUCUGGGCGUACUACCAGACGGUGAUGACUCCCAUCGCCAGGGUCCCCAAACAGUUUCGGCUGAGUGACGCGGACCAGGCUCAGUUUGAUGCCAUCGAGAACCGGCGAGCGCAGGGUCAGCUCCUGGAGCGGCACGCCGUCGAGCAGCACCUGCCCGUCUACAACCGGACCAUGACCGGCGGAGCGGUGCGUUACUGUGAAAAGUGCCGUCUGAUCAAGCCGGACCGGUGCCACCACUGUUCCGUCUGCAGCGAAUGCGUGCUCAAAAUGGACCACCACUGUCCCUGGGUGAACAACUGCAUCGGAUUUUCGAACUACAAGUUCUUCGUGCUGUUUCUGGGCUACGCGUUCGCAUAUUGUGUGUUCAUUGCGCUCACAUCACUUCAGUAUUUCAUCGGUUUCUGGAGGGACGGCCUUGAGGGGAUGGCGCGGUUCCACAUUCUCUUCCUCUUCUUCGUGUCGACCAUGUUCGGCAUCAGCCUGAUCUCUCUCUUCAGCUAUCACUGCUAUCUGGUCAUCAGAAAUCAGUCGACUCUUGAGACAUUCCGGCCUCCGAUCUUCUACUCGGGGCCCGAUAAGCGCGGCUUCAGUAUGACGCGCUACGGCAACUUCUGCCAGGUAUUCGGCGACUCCAAGCUCAAGUGGUUCCUGCCCGUCUUCACUUCUAUCGGUGACGGCGUGUCCUUCCCGAUGCGCCACCAGCCGCUGACCUCGGUCAGCUACGGCACCACGGACGAGCCGGCCGGCGGCCCGCCCGCCGCCAGCCUGGGCGGCAGUCCCGGCGGGUCGGCCGACCGAGACCUGGCCGGCCAGGAGCGGUGGGAGGGCAGCGAGACGGGCCCCGCGCACAAAUACAGCAACGGCCAGUCAGAUGAGCCGGAGGUGCGCUCGGACGUGCGGCUUAUCGUGGAGUGACGUCACCAAUCGCUUAUUAACGUUAUCUCCCGCUGAGUGACGUCACCGUCCCUGUGGUUUGACUGCGUCACUCCGAACGGGUACCUUCUGGGCCACUCGGCGGCGUCAGCGCAUCUAUCUUGCGCCCGUCUCACCACGGACCCACCACCGACACCGACAUUCUCCCAGGAGCGCCUCAGGGCCGUCCUAGGACCGCAGGGCGCCCCCAACACCCCGAAGCUGCCCGUAACACACAGGAUGUGACCAGAGAGUGCCCUAGGCGCCUCGGGACGCACUCUCAACAGGUCCUUCUGCGAGGUUUGAACUAACGCCCUCGCCGUCUCAGGACGCGCGCGUUCUCUCAGAAGCACACCAGUGCGCACACAGUCGGCUGUGGUGCGGCCGAGCCCUCGAUCGGUUGUUGGCGGGUCGUUCGAGUCCCUGUGUGGUAGCGGACGCAGAGUGGACCGGGCAGGAAGGCCGGCGGGGAGAUUGUGACGGUUGUCGCGUGCGGCUGCGGCGGACGUCAGUUUCCGUCGGUGUCAGGUGGGCUGAGGCUCGUCGGUCUGCUGUGGCAGCUGGCGGCGGUUUCGGUCUCCUGUGGGCGCCGGUGGUAGCUCAUGCCCUGUUGUGGACACCGGCAGCUGGCGGGCCGUGCUGGCCAGACUGGCAGAGUGGAGAUUUGCCUGUGCGUUGUGAAGUGAUCAGUGGUUUCGCUCAUCGGUACUGUUAUAUUUCAGUCCUGGUAACUCCGAGACGAGAGGUUGUUUCAGUGUAUCGUGUGGUGCGUCAUGUAAUCUGCGCUUUACUAACGUCCGCACCUAUUUGCGGUUUGUGCUUUCACAGCGGUGCCGGCGGUGGCGCCGACCCGCCCUUCUCUUAACGACCGAGGGCGCGCGGCCCCCGGCCUGCUCUCCAGUGAUAGUCCUUUCCUCACGCUGCAUGUCGAGCCGCCAUUGUUGUUUGUGUUGUUGUUGGUUGCGAACAAACGCCGGCCACGGCCGGCAGAUUAUUUAACGAGCUGCGAUUAGUGGGGGUUAACCCGUGUAACCUGUGUGAUGUGUGCCUCUGCCGUCCAUGUUUGGACUGCGAGAUACAACUGACCAUUAGUUCCGACUAGCACAGUUCCGACUAGCUCAGUUCCGAGUUCCGACUAGCUCGGCUGCGCGGACCAGCCUCAGCGGACCAGUACUCUGCCCGGCCGUGUGAUCGGUGCCCGCUGUAUGGCCCAGGCCCGCGGCCUACGUAUGGUGUCCGCUGUAUGUAUGGCGUCUGCCAUACGGCCCAGGUCGGCGGCUGAUGUAUGUUGUCCUCUUUAAAGCUCAGGCCGACGGCCGAUGUUGUGUUACCCAUUCAGCGAGUGAUGUGGCGGCCUAUGGCCGGCCCACCCGACCAGACUGCUGCUCUGGCACAGCGAACGUGUAUGUAGGUAGGUAUGCAUCAAUGCAUGUAUGACUGUAUGUAUGUAUGUGUAUAAGUAAGUAUGCAUGUAGGGGUGUAUGUGUGCGUAUGUAAUAGGCGUGUGCUGGCUGGUACAUAAUUGGCUUUGUGAGUGACUUCUAUCCGUCAAUAAAUGCACAAUUAUCGUACGUAACAAA